UAGCGGUCGCCAUUAUUCUUCCUGGCUUGACGUCAGGGAGAAAGACGGUUAAAUACUUUUAAAAAUUGUAUUUGGCGGUAAGCUGCAGCACUCUCAGCCUAUUCGGUGCAGUCGAUUGAUUGACUCAUAAAUUAGCGAUACAUCUUGAACACAGAAUGGAGAAACGCUCCGAUACUACAGGUGUUGGAGGUGCCCUUCCCCUUUCUUCCCUUCGCUUAAUGGCUUCCCCUCUGCAGCUCACAUAUUCGUACAUAUGGCAGGUCAUACGGCAGCGAAAUGUGAAGCAGUAUGUGAAAGUGGAAGAGUUUGUGACCAUGGUAACGCAAACUGUUCCUGAGGUGAUGAGUUUCAAGCAGACUGCUCAGCUCUUGUUGGGGUUGAGAGCAAGGAUCAUUUUGGAUUUGCUUCACAAAGAGGGCCCACCAGAUUCCCGAGCUAUUCAAACUCUCAUAAAUAAGUUGAAGGUCUCUGCAUCUUCAGGGAAGGACUCAGAAGUGGAGAAAUCUCAAACAAACUUUAUGGUGCUGGUCCAGAAUCUGCUCAAAAACCCCGCAGAAAGGAAGCGCUUCUUCCAGGAAGUGUUCCCUGUUCAGUACGGCACAAAGUUUGACACAGCACUUCAGGCUCUGACUGCAGGCCUGGUGUGCAAGCUGGAACAGCUUCUUCCUGUUCCCAAUCUGUCGCAGCUUGGUGCCAUGAUCUCAUCUGAGCCCGCUGUCCUGGAGGCGUGUGGAGGCUUUAUCCCUGAACCAGGGGACCUGAAGACUCUCCUCCUACACCAGCAGGCCAAAGGACUCCUUAGUGUUAAAGCUACCAUCUCAUCAUCAGUGGGCGACUGUGUACUCUCUUCACUUGCCUUCCGGCCCAAACCAGUAGAACCACCAACACCACCACCACCACCACCUCCACCUCCAGAAUCACCAAAACGAUUAGAGGUCACCCUCACUGAAACAAGCCCAGCCUCCCUCAGUGACACUGAAGACUUGGGAGUGAUGUCAGAUGACUCGGACAGCCAAGCAACCCCUGCCGCUAGACCUCAGCAAAGAGGGCGAUACAGUGAUAAAGCGGACGAUGGCAGUCCUGCAAAGGAAACGAGUCUCACAACAACAGCUCAGCGGGAGAAUCUGGCACUGGAGAAGAGUUCUACACAGGAGCAGUCUGCCACAACUCUACAAAGCAGAGGAGAAGAUGGAGCAACGGCAACACUUGAGAAACCGGAAUUGCAGCGUACGCCCUUGAAGUCAAUCCCUUUCAGGGUAGUUCAAGUGCCGAUCAAAACUACCUCCACCUUACAGAACGCAGGCAAUGCAGGAGCUAAAGAUGGCCAAAAACCCCAGACCCAGCGAGUCACAUUGCAUCAGUGGGUGUCACAGAUUGCCACUAACUCGCUCUCACUCCCAGCCUUGCCACCACUUCCUCCACCCAGUCUGAGUGCAGGUGAUGACAUGAAGCCAAGCUUGAGAAGAAAAAAGCAAAUUAGGCCUCCAGCUGACAGAUUUACUUGCAGCGUAUGCGAUAAGAGCUUCCCUUAUCAGUCCAAGCUAAUGGACCACGAGCGCAUUCAUACAGGAGAGAAGCCUUUCGUGUGCACAGCAUGCAACAAGAGUUUCCGAACACAGGCGUUCCUCAACAACCACCUGAAAACCCACAGCACAGCGCGUCCUUAUGCUUGCGGCCAGUGCGGCAAGUGUUUCACCAAACUGCAGAGCUUGACGAAGCACAUGCUCGCCCACAGCGGCCAAAAGCCCUUCUACUGCAACAUCUGCAACAAGGGCUUCACGCAGUCCACCUACUUCAAAAGACACAUGGAGUGCCACACGAGCCAGAUGACGUUCCCCUGCAAGCACUGCAGCAAAAGCUUCCCAACGGCUUUCAAGCUGUCGAACCACGAGCGCUGGCACACCAGAGAUCGCCCUCACAUGUGCGAGCGAUGCGGGAAGAGAUUCCUCGUCCCCAGCUUGUUGAAGAGACACAUGGGCUACCACAUCGGCGACCGUCAGUAUCUCUGCUCCCAGUGCGGCAAGACCUUUGUCUACUUGUCUGACCUGAAGAGGCACCAGCAAGACCACGUGCCCAAAGCUAAGAUCCCGUGCCCGAUCUGCCAAAAGAAGUUCUCCAGUAAGUACUGCCUGAGGGUUCACCUGAGGAUCCACACCAGAGAGAGACCCUACCGAUGCUCCAUAUGUGACAAGACCUUUACUCAGGUCGGGAAUCUGAAGGUUCACAUCAGGUUACACACCAACGAGCGACCUUUCAGCUGCGACGUGUGCGGGAAAACCUAUAAGCUGGCAUCCCAUCUCAACGUCCACAAAAGGACUCAUACUUGCAAGAAGCCCUGGACGUGUGACACAUGUGGGAAGGGAUUCUCCGUCCCCGGGCUUCUGAAGAAGCACGAGCAGUUACAUACAAGGGACGCCAACCCUGACUUCUCUGGUAAACGGAGGCACAGGGGUAAGCACAAGAAGCACUCCCUCAAGAGGAAGUAUGACGAGGAAGACGAGGGAAGUGAUGAUUAUUAAUCCAAAAAUAUAUAUUUUGUAAUAAAUAACUGAUCAGGGGUGAUACUGAUCAGUGAAAUAAUUAGAAUAGGCUUGUCCAGAAGUUUAAUACGUAAGUGAACCUUUGAACCAUGUCAAAGUUUGACUUGUGGUGAUUAGAUCAUCAUGAUGGUUUGGGUUGUGAAAACAACAUUUUGAAUGACGUUAUGAUAAUUUUUUCUGAUCAUUGGAUUUUAAGACUACCAAUAUCAAUUAUAAUUUGCAUUAUAAUGGGUAUUAGCCAGCACCAGUCAUUGCCUGGCCAGCAGGAGCAUCUCAAUUAAUAAAGUCCAUUGUUUUACUGUUCCUCAUAUAAUUAGGUGAUGUGACAAAAUUAGUUUAAGUAAUGUUACCCAAAGCUGUCACAUUUUGAGAACAAUAAGGAAACAUUUUGAUAAUUAUCUGGUAUGUUUGGGAAUUUUUAAUCGUCAUUUUCAUUCGAAGGAACUGGUGGCUUUUGAACGGUGACAAAAAAUUAAUUUUUCAAGAGACAUUUAGAAGAUGGAUAUCAUGUGAAAAAAUGAAAGUAUUUCAAUGCAUGUGACUGUAGAUAAUUUGUCUGCUGUGUAAUAAAAGGCUGUAGUGUUAUAGGAAACAUUUAACUUUGUUACAGUAUUUUUGUGGACAUUGUAGUGCUGCAAAAGUACUUUCACCACAUGCUUUUAUAUGUAACUUUGAACUGUAAACAUUACAAUUACUCUGCUUUUGUUUUAGACUGAAAAUAGGCUGAUUUAUGUUUUUUAGGAUUUCAGUCAAACCAUUUAUUGCUCUAACGGUGCUGAGUUAACACAGGAAAACAUUGAGAAUUUUGAUUUAGGUCGAACACAAGAAUCAUUUAACAUUAUGCAAAUGUGUGAUGAGAUUGUGCUAUGAAUCUUAUCUUUGCUUUACUUACCCUAUUGUGAGUGGCCUUGUAUAAGCCACAAAGUAAUGUAGCUGUUCUCAAUAUUUUUUUGUUUUUGAUGUUUUACAGAAAAAUAAAUACUCUUAGC